AUGGCGGCGUCCAGUGUUUUUAAAUCAGGUCUUUUCAAUAACAAAGUUGCAAUAGUGACCGGAGGCGCGACGGGGAUUGGAAAAGCUAUUACCUCUGAACUCUUACAGUUAGGAUGCAGUGUGGUCAUAUCCUCCAGGAAGCUCGAGCGUCUGGUGUCAGCAGCUGAAGAGCUGACUCACAAAAUCCCUCCAUCCAGUCCAGCUAAAGUGACCCCUAUACGGUGCAACAUCCGGAAUGAAGACGAGGUGAAGAGCCUGAUGGCCUCCACUCUGAAGCUUCAUGGGAGGCUUGACUUCUUGGUGAAUAAUGGAGGUGGACAGUUUUCCAGUCCGGUAAACUUGAUGAGUGCUAAAGGCUGGAAGGCUGUGAUUGACACCAACCUCACCGGAACGUUCUUAUGCUGCAAAGAAGCAUACAACGCAUGGAUGAAAGACCAUGGAGGUGUCAUUGUUAACAUCAUCGCAGACAUGUGGAAGGGCUUCCCGGGAAUGGCGCACACUGGGGCAGCCAGGGCAGCGGUGGACAAUCUGACCAAGAGCCUGGCCAUUGAGUGGGCUGCCAGUGGGGUCCGAGUCAACUCUGUGGCCCCGGGAACUAUAAUCUCUAAAACUGCAAUGGAAAACUACAAAGAACUUGGUCCAACUCUGUUUAAGAUGGCAGUUCCAUCCAGUCCUGCUAAAAGAAUCGGUGUUCCAGAGGAGAUAUCUCCAGCCAUAUGUUUCCUGCUGUCUCCGGCUGCCACCUUCAUUACUGGAGCAACCCUGAAGGUGGAUGCAGGACAGAGUCUCUACCACUCUGUGUGGGAAAUCCCAGACCACAGUGCCUGGCCUCCAGCUCCAGAGGGAGAAAAUACAGACACAUUAAAAGAAAUCAUGGGCAUGACCAAAUCUAAACUGUGAAUCAACCACUUGGAAUAAAAACCAGUCUGGGUUAAACAGCUGUUUUUCAUCACAGUGUGGGUGGACCACAAAUAGUUUUGCUCUGAACUGCAACAUAUCUUGACAGUGGCCUUUGACUGAUGCUUGCUGACCCGAGCAACAAAAAUCACUGCAUAAUUUCACUAGUAGAUCUAGUAGUUCUCAUAUGUAAUAGUAUGAUAUUGUGUAUCAAGAUAGAUAUAACCUCCAGUUUGUAAUUUUAUCAUUAAUUAAAAAACAAAAAUUAUCAGCUGUCA